GGCGUGGAGUAGCAAGAGCAAGAGCUUCAGACCUUCAGUGCAUGCAGCUGUCAGCUGUGGCCGGCCGUCGCGUGUGCAUCCCACUGCUCCUCGCUCUCGCCUAGCUAGAGAGUAGAGGCUCGUGGGUUCGGGGUGUCCUCCACUCCUCCCCGCGCACGGCCAACACAGGAGCCGCCACGAGCAAGUCCGGCUCUAGCUGCCAUCUCGCCGCGUUGGAACUCGCGGUUUGGAAUCCGAAAACCAGUGGCCGGUCACCUGCCACAGGAGAGAGGGCUAGGUUUUGUUUUUCUAGUCCUCGGCCAGUGUCCUGCAGGGGCAACGGACAAAACUAACGCGAGACUUGUCGCCUGCUGGCCUCACUCUGGUCUGUCACCUCUCACCUCCAGCCCCCGCCCACCCUCUGCUCUCCCGAUCCCUCUCUAUAUAGCUCGGUCUGGCCACCAGCUUCCGAUCCAUAUAUCCCCCAUCUGCGUCUCUCCACUGCGACUGCGACCGAGCACGUACGCCGUCGCCGCGUGUCAGCCAACCAUGAUGUCCACCAGCCAUGCGGUGAAGCAGUCGCCGGCGUGCGCGGCUCGUUGGCGGCGGCGGCAGCACGGCCAGCGGUCCGCGGACGCGCCGGCCCGCACGGCGACGUUCUCGGCUAGGCACGGGAGGCAGCGGCGAGGAGGCCGCGGCGUGGCGCCGUGCUCCGUGCGCGCCGCGGGCUCCAACACCAUUGGCUGCCUCGAGGCCGAGGCGUGGGGCGGCGCCGCGCACGCCCCCGGCUCCGCCCCUUCGCUGCUGCUGCCGAGCUUCCAUGUGGAGGCGCCGGCGCCCGGGGGCGACGCGCUCGCCGUGCCGUCCGAGCAGAGGGUGCAGGAGGUCGUGCUCAAGCAGGCGGCGCUCGCGGCCGCGGCGCCGAGGACGGCGCGGAUCGAGCCCGUGCCCAUGGACGGCGGGCUCAAGGCGGCCUUCCACCGCUGCGGGGAGGUCUGCCAGGAGUACGCCAAGACAUUCUACUUGGUGUGGUGCAGGAGAACGGACGAGCUGGUCGACGGGCCCAACGCGUCCCACAUCUCGGCGGUGGCGCUGGACCGGUGGGAGUCGCGGCUGGAGGACAUCUUCGCCGGCCGGCCGUACGACAUGCUCGACGCCGCCCUGUCCGACACCGUCGCCAACUUCCCCGUCGACAUACAGCCGUUCAGGGACAUGAUCGAGGGGAUGCGCAUGGACCUGAAGAAGUCCCGGUACCGGAGCUUCGACGAGCUGUACCUCUACUGCUACUACGUGGCCGGCACCGUGGGGCUGAUGAGCGUCCCGGUGAUGGGCAUCUCGCCGGACUCCAGGGCGGCCACCGAGACGGUCUACAAGGGGGCGCUGGCGCUGGGCCUGGCCAACCAGCUCACCAACAUCCUCAGGGACGUCGGCGAGGACGCCAGAAGGGGAAGGAUCUAUCUCCCACAGGACGAGCUGGAGAUGGCGGGGCUCUCCGACGCCGACAUCUUGGACGGCCGGGUCACCGACGAGUGGAGGAGCUUCAUGAGGGGCCAGAUCACGAGGGCCAGAGCCUUCUUCAGGCAGGCCGAGGAAGGCGCCACCGAGCUCAAUCAGGAGAGCCGAUGGCCGGUGUGGGCUUCUCUGCUCCUGUACCGGCAGAUCCUGGACGAGAUCGAGGCCAACGACUACAACAACUUCACCAGGAGGGCCUACGUUCCAAAGACGAAGAAGCUGAUGGCGCUGCCCAAGGCGUACCUGAGAUCACUGGUUCCCCCCUCUUCUUCUCAGGCUGAGAGACAGAGACACCACUCCAGCCUAACAUAGAACGGUCUCUGUCGCGUUCGGUACAUAGCAGUGAAUGAUGUACAAAUUUCUGGUCAGGCUACAUACAUCAAUAGUAGUACAUGGUUGGCAUGUAGUGGUGGUGGUGGUGGUGGUGGCGCAGAUUUCUUGUACUCGGAGUUUUGCCAUGUAUUACAAAAAGCACUGGAUAUAUCACAUAGAUAUGUAUACUAAAAACAUCUGUGAAGUAAAAAUGAAAUAAGAUGAGUAGUGGGUGACCUUCUUAGUUCUUGCA